AUGGAGGAUGCUGUCUCAGAUAUCGAUGCCGUUCACCGACCGGACCGUGUGGUGAAGUCACGAAAGACUACAUCCACGCCCAAGCAACUUAAGGAAACCAAUGAGGCUAAAGAGUCUGGGCUUCCGGCAAAUGUGCCGCCUGAAGACUCCGUCGGCCCAGUUGCUGGGGGGAAAGAAUCCAUGGACAAGACAAACAAGAUCGACAAGACCAAUGAGGUUGAAGGUGAUAAAGGUGAAGAAGGUCAGAAGGAGGGUGCUGAGUCAGAGUCUAAGUCAAAGUCCGAGUCCAAACCUGAGGUUGAGAUUCAGGAUGUGCCAAACGGUUCGGACUUGCCUCCAAUGAAGGGCACCGAGGGACUUGUCAAGAAGAAGAACAAGAGGGACAACAGCCACAGCCCUGAGAUGAAGGCUAUGGUUUCUCAUGCCUCAACAUCUCUCAAUCUACCGGAUGUUGGGGAGUUCUGGAAAACCACUACUGCCAAAGACGAGUUGAAAGUCUUUGAAGGGAAGCAUGUCCACAAAGUACAUCGUCAAGAGGGCCGACUUGAACAAAUGAGUGAUCCUUUCGCAAAGCGCAAUGCAGACUUUGACACACUUUCACAGGCCAUGGCUGAGCUGAUUAGUGUUGAGUAUCCUGAACUACUGGACACAGAGAGCGUCCAAGCUGAAGCCAAUGGGUUUGAUUGCACUUCUGCUGCUGACUCGCGCUUGUCAAAGCUUCGAUUGAAUCUGGAUGAGGAUGAGAAGGCUUUGCCUCCGGAGUCCUACCAGGCCAAUGGGCAGACUCUGCAGCCAACAGGCGGUGGUGUGGGACAUGAAGACCACAACAUGACCAAAGGGAAUGUGACCCAGCAAUUGACCUCGCCUACUCUCAUUGAUCCUGCGACCGCCCCAAGUUUUCCAUCACAUUCAGAUGGCAAUGUGGGUGACGGCGAAACGUUGUUUGGACCAAUGGACGGGACCACUUUGAAUGACUCCCCAGAAGGGACACAAGUUGCAUUUGCAUCUACACCGUCACCGCCGACGCCAGCUGCCUCUCCAACACUGUCUGAACUUCAGAGGGUCAAGGGUCUGUCACACCAGAAACAGACAGUGCGCACUAUGAAUGACAAUUUUGAAUUCUUCAGACAGGCUGUGGAAGAGGUGUGCACAAUUGGAGAGCCUGUCUCAUCAGAGUAUCGUUCCUCAUUCAAGCUUGACCCGGCAGUUGAUUUCAUUAGCCCAGAUGAGCUGAAGAGCCGUUUCGGACAGUUUACCAUGUCGACAGCAUACUCUGGCGUAGGUGCACCUGAGGCUACGAUGCACGUGUUGAGGCAUACCAUAGAGGACAUGUUCGGGCCAGGUGUUCCUAUGCCGAAGGUGCUCUUCCAGUGUGAGUACGAUGAGAAUUGUAGAACAGAACUUUUCAAGUAUGAUCAGAUUCCAGGAGGUUCUGAUGCAUGCGUUUUCGGCGACCUAUGCGAGUUCUUUGUGGAUUCGAUCAAGGGCACGAUCAAGGAGUUGAAAGCCCGUCCGGAGUUAGCUUUCGAGGUCUUAGCUAAGAUGGUGGCGAGCGGCGAAGCCGUGAAAACACAUGCAUACUGCCACAAGCACAAGAAGACUUGCUAUGUGACCCUCGGCUGUUUCCGGACGAUGGCUAUCGUGCACACAGCAGGAACCAGCUGCAUAGCAUAUGCACCAAACGGAAAUAUGAAGGGAGUGCGUGAUCUGAGCAUCCUUCCAUUCUUGGCAUGGAUAGGUUUGCGAAUCAAGCUACAGGAGCCCAUUCUGCUCCACGAAAACAGCAAGCGUUUUCCAGUAUCCAUCAUGCAUAGACUGCUUGGGCACAUCUAUCACAUUGAUGACACUGAUGUUGACGCUUUGGUUUAUGGCGGGGUUGUGCGUCGAGAAAGAAAGCUGACUAGGUUUGUGCAUCGUGAGAAGGCUUUCUAUCUGUGCAAGCCCAAGUUCGUAGACUUCAAUGCUCGUUUUUACCGAGAGAGUCUAAUGCACUGGUGUGAGUACUACUGGCAACACUUGAUGGACAACUCAGAUGCGAAGGACCAAUCUCGCCCAGCAGUUGUUCGUGCUCGUGACCGUGCUGCGGCCGUUCAGCCUGUUGAGCCUGCUGAGCCAGAUGCCAUUCAGAAGGAUGACGAAGUCAAAAACCCGUAUGAGGCAGCGUUGACUGAGUUUGAGAGAAAGUCACUGCGGGCCUACAGGCAAAAUUGGCCAGGAAUGGCAUACUCCUUGACGCAAAAUGGAGCCACCGGGUUUGCAAUGCAUUCCUCACCGGAUUGCAUGCACACCUUGAUCCGCAAUCUUGGUUUGGUCUGGAGCGAUGUGCUUUCAUCAGGCCAAUGGUUGGUCAUCAUUUUGUUGUAG